GUAUUUUUGCCUUGGAGCUCAAAGAGGGCGGUGCUGGCCUCCUCCUCCUGUCCCGGUCUCCUGGAUAAGCUCCGUCAGUCCUGACCGGGAUGAAGAGGAGUCGGCAGUGUGCUUCCUGCUGCUGACAGCCGGGAUGUUUAACCAUGAGGACCGGAGCGGCAGCUGAGCAGAAAUGCGCGGUGUUCUCACGGUGUGUUCACCCCGUGGUGAGCCGCCGACCUCCGGGCGGAAGAUGAGGCUCUGGGUCGUGGCUGUGACGGUGGUGCUGGCCGCCGUCCCGGCCCGGGGAUCGCCGCUGGUCGUGGACCCGCAGGAUUUCCUGGAGAAGUAUGGGUACCUCCAUCAUGAGCACCAGAUCCACAAUUCUGUUGAGAUACACUCGGCCAUCAGAGAGUUCCAGUGGCUGUCCCGUCUACCCAUCACAGGGGAACUGGACAGCGCCACCUUGCUGCAGAUGGCUGAGCCCCGCUGUGGCGUGUCGGAUGAGGGGAGCCAAAAGAACUGGGGACAGAGAGUAAAUCUCAUCUUUACUGGAAGGAGAAGACCGCAGCGCCGCAGGAGGCGCUCCGAUGCACAAGCGGAGAAGUGGUACAAGCGCCACCUGACCUACCAGGUGGUGAACUGGCCUCGCCACCUGUCUCUGGGCUCCGUGCGGCUGGCGGUGCGGGCCGCCUUCCAGCUGUGGAGCAACGUGUCCAACCUGGUGUUCGAGGAGGCCUCUGAAGGACCCGCGGACAUCCGGCUGGCGUUUUACGAAGGGGACCACAACGACGGGACCGGGAACGCUUUUGAUGGACCAGGAGGAACCUUGGCUCACGCCUUCCUGCCCCGCCGAGGAGAAGCCCACUUUGACAUGGCUGAGAGGUGGACGCUGAACGGACACAAAGGUCACAACCUGUUCAUGGUGACGGCGCACGAGAUCGGACACACGCUGGGGCUGGAGCACUCGCCUGUGAGACAUGCUCUGAUGUCACCAUACUACAGGAAACUGGGCCGCAGCAUGGUUCUGAGCUGGGACGACAUCCUGGCAGUGCAGCAGCUGUACGGUAAACCAUUAGGUAAUCGUCCUGUGAGGUUGCCGGGUCAGGUUCUGCAUGCCGCUCUGCAGGAGUGGGAGUUCACGGAGCUCCAGACCCCAGGGCUGCCCCUUUAUUGCAGGGGGGUCUUUGAUGCCAUCACCAUGGAUGAGAAGAAGACUGUGCUGGUGUUCCGUGGAAACGUGUACUGGACGAUAUCAGCUGAGGGAGGCCUGAGCGGCCCGCUGCUCCUCCGCCAGCGCUGGCCUGAGCUCCCACAGGCCAUCGAGGCAGCUGCUUUCUCCCAGCUGGACUCCAAGUGGUAUUUUUUCAGAGGGAAGCGGAUUUGGCGCUACACAGGGAACGUUCUAGACUCAGGCUUCCCUAUGAAGACCAGUGAGCUGGGCCUGCCUCGUCGCCCUGACUCUGCUUUUUAUUACGCCCCUCUGGGUCACAUGGUGCUCUUCAAGGGCGCCCGCUAUUACAUCCUGAACCUUAAAAGUUUGCAGCAAGAACCCUACUAUCCUCGGAAACUGAUGGACUGGAACGGCAUUCCCCAGGGGACCAACGGAGCGCUGACCCGUCCAGAUGGCCGUCUCUACCUGUUCAGAGACCAGAGGUUCUGGAGGUUUGACCCGAUGAAAGUGAGGGUCACCAGGGAAGGCCAUUGGGCCCGGGAUCUGAGCUGGACCGGCUGCAGCAACUUUCCAGAGAACAAUAACAUCCUCUGACCAGCAGAGGGCGCUGUGACGUUAAAAGUGCAAUAAGUGGUUUUGAUCCAAGAGGUUCUGCACUUUGUCAGCAUGGAUUUACUCACUUUACACAGCUAACCCAUUAUUAUUUAUACUACUGAGAAUCAUUAAUGACAGUGUUUACAGGGGCGUGUCCAGGGAGUGACCUUGGGUAGCACAUGCCACCCUCGGAAUCUGAUUGGCCACCCCAGGUGCCACCACACUAAUUUACCUUUAAAUCGGCUUUUCAUUGUCCACAAAAGGCUUGGGGGUAAAACAAAAGAAGCAUAACCAUUGGUGCCACCCAUGCACAAAGUUGUGCCUCACCUGGCCCACCUCAUUUUAAAAGAUCUGGACACGCCGCUGAGUGUUUAUAGUCCUCUGAAUGGAGUUUAGGCAAUGAUCUGACCUUAAAACCGUAGUUAUGUCUAAUUUUACUAAAUAAAUAGAAAACACACACACACAAACACAACAUAUGGUUUAACUGCGGCUUCCUGUUUGUCCUGGACCUUUUAAUGAUGAGUUAAAGGUGGAAUAUGGAACACUUUAAUUAAAAGCUAUAUUUAUAAAAAGAAUACCUUCACGGGGCGUUAUGAGGUGUGCAUAAUGACAGUACAAUUUUUUCUUUAAAAGCUACAUAAAAAAAGAAAUCAAAAUUUUAUUUUGACAGAUGCAACACUGGAUUUAUGUUUACAUCUACCAGCCACUAGAGGGCACUGUUGCGCUAAAGGUCCGCUCAGCAAGGCGAGGCUGCGACUGUGUAAAAUGGUGGACUUGACAAGUCAAGCAGCUGAUUCUGAGCCCACAAGAUGUUCUAACGGUAAACACUGCUGUAAAAUAAAUGCAUUAGUGGAAAUUA